AUGGAAUCAGAUUGGGAAAGUUUGCCUGAUGAACUUUUAGAUUUAGUUUUCAAGAGACUAGUGUUACAUUUAGAUUCUUUACGAUUCGCUGCUGUUUGCAAGUCAUGGAAUUGGGUAUCAAAGAAUAACCAAAUCAAUAGUGUUCCAAUGCUCUUAAUUCCUGAUAGACAAAAAAAUACAUGGAAUUUUUGUGAUGUGACAAAUGAUAAGGUCCUCAAAAUGCAGUUAAAAUGGAUGAAGAGGCGAUUUUGUGGGUCUUCAAAAGGAUGGUUAAUAGUUUGCGAUGAAAAUUUUGUGGUAACCUUAAUAAAUCCAUCAUUCAGGGUUAAAGGAAGAAAAAAGAAAAAAAAUUCAAUUAUUCGUCUACCUCCACUAAAUCCUCCAGGUAAACACCACACAGGAGCUUGUGCUAAACAUUGUGAAUAUUUUGUCUACAAGUCGGCGAUUUCCGCAGAUCCAAUAUCAAAUGCAAAUGACUGCAUUGUUGUGGUAAUAUAUGGCGCAAGGUGUGAAUUGGCUUUUAUUAGACUUGGAGACAAUAAAUGGACAUACUUCGAUCGAAGUUGUUCCAUUUUUGAAGAUAUUGCUCAAAUUGGGGAUAAAAGUUAUGUUCUUACAUCCUUUAAGAGACAACUUUUUAUUCUUGAAUAUACUACUCAGCGCAUCCUAAAUAUAAAUCUGGUGGCGGCACCUCUUUAUGAAACAGACAUAUACAUAAAGGCAUACCUUGUGGGUUCCAAUGAGGAAGAGUUAUUGUUGGUUCACCGCUAUGAUACUUAUACACAUCAUGGUCGCGUGACAAAUGGAUUUAGAGUUUUCAAACUGGAUGAUGAUAAGUAUGCGUGGAUUGAGAAAAAUGACUUAGGUGAUUUUGCUUUGUUUGUGGGUGAUAACUCUUCAAUAUCUGUCGUGGCUUCAAAAAUUCAAGGAUGUGAGUCGAAUUGCAUAUACUUCUACGAUGAUUGUGAUCUGUCAUUAGAAUAUUGUUCGUUUACAGAUUUUGGGGUGUACAAUGUCAAAAGUCAAAGGAUUUUAAAGCCUGCACAUAUUAUGACCCUGAUGAAGAAGUUGAAGCAAUCUCCAAUUUGGUUUUUGCCAUCAGUUUAUCUAUAA